UUGCCAUUGCGCUUAAGCUUAGGGGCAUUAUCGUCAUUAUGCUUUUUCCCCGCUACAUAUGGGAGGACCAUUCCUCGGUGUUAGCGGUGGCGGCGGGCGGUGGAUCUGACCGGAUUCCAAAGGCCGUCCCCCUCUUGCGGUGAUAUAUUCUCCUCUCCGUCCUCCGAGACCCGGAGCUUCCAGCGCGCAACCCUCGUCCCCAUCCUAACCGCCACUGCUGAUCUCGAAGCAGAAGCUUCUCAUGGCAUCAAAGCGUAUCUUGAAGGAACUCAAGGAUUUGCAGAAGGAUCCUCCUACCUCCUGCAGUGCAGGUCCUGUAGCAGAGGACAUGUUCCAUUGGCAAGCAACAAUCAUGGGCCCUCCUGACAGUCCAUAUGCUGGAGGUGUUUAUUUAGUAAAUAUUCAUUUCCCGCCAGAUUAUCCUUUCAAGCCACCAAAGGUUGCUUUUAAGACAAAGGUCUUUCAUCCGAACAUCAAUAGUAAUGGAAGCAUCUGUCUGGAUAUUCUUAAGGAGCAGUGGAGUCCUGCCUUGACCAUCUCAAAGGUCUUGCUUUCUAUCUGCUCUUUGUUGACGGAUCCAAACCCAGAUGAUCCUCUCGUCCCAGAGAUUGCUCAUAUGUACAAGACUGACAGAGCAAAGUACGAGGCUACAGCUCGCAGCUGGACACAAAAGUAUGCUAUGGGAUGAAGGUCUCCUACGCUGGGAGUGGUUAUCUAGACAAUUGAAUAUAAUAUGGGAUUAAGGUCCUGAUUCGUGAUGUUAUUGAAGUGAUUUUGUUAAGACGAAGGAUUGUGUUUGUUUGAUUUCUUGUUUGACUAGAUAGAUCAUAUGCAUACUCGCCAGCUGGCCUGCUAUAAUUUCAUUGUCAAUAAUAUUCAUAUGCUCAUGUUCAUGUUA